AAUCUCGUGUGAGAGACAAGGAAGCGAGUCGCGGAAAUGAAAUAAGUCCACCUCAUACUUUUGUUUAGCAGGUUUCGGGCGGACCUGGUUUUGUUGUCUUUUUCUCCUGACACGACGAACAUGGCAGAAUAGCCGACAUGUCCAGCAGCGCUGAGGGAAUAAUGUGGCCGCGUUUCGCCGCCGUUCCGUCGUGCUGAGGUCGUUCUGUCACUGACAGCUUCACCGAUGUGCAGCCUUGUUCUUCAGCUCGCCGAGGGAGACAACACAACGGUACAAUUGUAGGAAGAUGUUCCUGAAAACAUCUUUCACCACUCUGAUUGUCGGGGUGUUUGUGGUCUACGUGCUGCACACCUGCUGGGUGAUGUACGGGAUAGUCUACACUAAACCAUGCGACAAUCCCAAACAUGACAAAUGUAUCACGCCCUUCCUUGCCGGGAACCCGAAGCUGCAGUUAAGUAUCUACACUGCGUUACGGCCCAAUGCAGAUGGAGGACACAUGCUGAUCCACAAAGAGGACGAGUUUGAUAUCAACAGCAAGUUUGAAAGGACAGUAAAUGUGUCGCUCCCAAAGAAAACCCGUCACAAUGGAACUUUAUAUGCAGUGGUGUUUGUCCAUCAAGCUGGCGUGACUCCAUGGCAGGACCCAAAACAAGUCCAUAUGGUGGCUCAGCUCACAACCUACAUGGUCCCGAAGCCACCUGAAAUUUCUCUGAUCACUGGAGAGGAUCAAAAUCAGGGCCAGAAGGAAGAACCCCUGCAGAAGAAACAGCAUCGUGGCAAACCUGAAUUAGGAGGCGACGCUUCCAUCUCGGAUCACCCAGUAUCCCACUGGCGUUCCCGCCUGACGUUCAACAUUGUCGGCGACCACUUCCUGUUUGACAGAGACUACCUGCCCAGUGAUGUUCACAGAUACCUCAGAGUAUUCCAGAAUGGUAAAAAGAUGGUUUAUCUACCUCUGCUGUUUAUCGAUGAGCUCAGUAACCGAGUCAAAGACCUCGUGGAAAUCAACAGCACCACCAAAGAGCUUCCUCUGAUUAUCUCGUACGACUCCAUCUCCUUGGGCAGAUUACGGUUCUGGAUCCACAUGCAGGACGCCGUGUACUCACUGCAGCAGUUUGGUUUCACAGAGAAAGAUGCUGAUGAGAUUAAGGGGAUCUUUGUGGAUACAAACUUGUACUUCUUGGCUCUCACCUUUUUUGUUGCUGCCUUUCAUCUCCUCUUUGACUUCCUGGCCUUCAAGAAUGACAUCAGCUUCUGGAAGCAGAAGAAAAGCAUGGUGGGAAUGUCGACCAAAGCAGUGCUGUGGCGAUGUUUUAGCACCAUAGUCAUAUUCCUGUAUUUGUUGGACGAGCAGACCAGCCUGCUGGUCCUCAUACCUGCUGGCAUUGGUUCUGUCAUUGAAGUGUGGAAAGUAAAGAAAGCUUUUAAAAUUCAUGUUUUCUGGAAAGGAGGAAAACCAACAUUCCUGUUUGGGAAGUCGGAUGAAUCUGAGAAGAGAACCGAAGAGUAUGACACGCUGGCAAUGAAGUAUCUCUCGUACCUGCUUUAUCCUCUGUGUAUCGGUGGGGCUAUUUACGCCCUGAUAUUUCUGAGAUAUAAAAGUUGGUACUCGUGGUUGAUCAACAGUUUGGUUAACGGUGUGUAUGCCUUUGGAUUUCUCUUCAUGCUUCCUCAACUGUUUGUCAACUAUAAGCUAAAAUCUGUGGCCCACCUGCCCUGGAAAGCCUUCAUGUACAAGGCUUUCAACACUUUCAUUGAUGACGUAUUUGCGUUCAUCAUCACCAUGCCGACGUCUCACAGACUGGCGUGUUUCAGAGAUGACGUGGUGUUUCUCAUUUACCUCUACCAGAGAUGGCUCUACCCAGUGGACAAGACACGAGUCAAUGAAUACGGAGUUUCUUAUGACGACAAACCCAAAGGAAAGCAUCAUGAGGACUAGAGAGGAUGAAGUUAUUGGCUACCAUCUUGGAGUUUUUUUUUUUUUCUUUCUUUCUUUUUUCAAACACACUGGUGUUGUUUGUUUUCUUCUGAAUGGUGCAGAUUUAAACACACAAAAGAAACUUUUUUGUUUGUUUUAAUUGUUGUUGUUUGUUUGUGUGUUGACCCUUAAACAUCCUCAUGAUUUUCACUUUUCUUUCUCAUCAAAUUCACUAUGUCAGGUACUAGCAUUGAUUGCAGUUUUGUGGUGAUUUGCAAAACUGUACCUUUUUGGCUCGUGCAUACAGUAACCUAUCAGAAAAUGGAUGAUUGUAUCCACUGGCUAAAUGCAAAUUUUCAGGGCCAAGGAAUCCAGUGGUACUAAUUACAAAAAUGUAUAUGUGGGCCAAGUCACAUUUAUGACCGCCCAUAAAUGUGACUUUGCCCACAUAUACAUUUUUGCUGUCAUUUUCUGAUUGGCUUUUGCAUGCACCUUUUAAAAACAUAGCUUUACUGGUCUCCACAAAAUCAUGUCACGACCUUAACUGUUCUGUUACAUGAAAUCUUGACUGUUGUAAUAUCGGUGUUUUUUUUUCUUUACAGUUUGCAUGUUUUCUGCAAUAUGUAGAUCUGACAAGAUCAAAGUCAGCCAUGUAACUUUCUUUCUUUUCACGAUGCCAAAAUGAGCCACAUGAAAUGAAACGUCUGAUUUUACCGGUUGUUUGUCUAAUUCUGGGUUUUGUUUUGCUCCCCAAAAUAUGCUUCUGUUAUGUUUUGAAGCUGCCGAAUAAUGAACUGCCACAUUCCUUGUCCAUGGGACCACCAUCUUAAUAUGGUUGGUGUUUUCUUUCUGGGUUUGAUAUGUUUUUAAUGCAGUUGUAACUGUUGUUCACAUAAGCUCUGAUUCCUACCACUGAAAUGGCCAGUGAGCAACGUCAUGUUUGCAGGUAUUUCAUAUCAAUGACAAAACUUUUUUUUUAUGAUGUGAAUGUCUCUGAAACUGCCGAUAAGACUUUUCAAAACCAAGUAACAUCUGAAUACAGGUGAACCUCGAUAAUUCGCACAAGUUGGGAUCCACAAAGUCAAACCGCGAGUUAUCUUAAAUUGUGAGUUAUUGAGGUUGACCAACAUCUCUAAUGUUGCAGCUGGUGUAAUUUAAAGAGCGAUUUUUUUGCAAAAUGAUUUGCUCUUAAAAUCAGAGUUGAUUGAACGUGACAUAUUCCUUGGGGCAGAAUUGUUGAAACAUUUCAGUGAAAUGUCACCUGAUCCCAAAAUUAAUUUACACUUAAGUAGAAAAAUCUAAAAUGACAGAUCUUUAAAUUACAAAUGUGGUCAGAAGUAACUAAGCCUAUAGUCAGAAAGUGCAAGUCAAAGUAAUUGAGAAUGGUCAAAAAUGGAAAGCACUUCACGUUUAUUAAUUUUAGUUAUACUUUUUUUCAUCAAUGCAUAUAUGUUUGUUCUUUUUAUCUCUAGGGGUAUUUGUACAUAUUGCAACCAAGAUAAGCUGUGCCAAAUAUCAGAAUGAUGCUUUGAAUUUUUUUUGGUGGGGAAGUUCUUGCAGUAUAUUCCAUCGGUGUGUAUGCCCCCCAUUUAAAAAAAAAAAAAAAAAAAAUUACUGAAAUUCUAAGGGAAAGACAAAUGUAAAAUUUAAGAGAAGUAUUACCACAUUUUGGAUUUCCUCUAUAUUUUAUUUUUACCCCUGUAUGUGCAGUUUGUGUUUGUUAAAGAAAAGACUUCUUUGAAUGAUUGUAGGUGUCAUUCUUAUAUCAGAAUGUUGGGUCUGUGCACACAGGUUUGUUCUUGUUGAAAUGCAGCAGACACACAUUUGCCAGGAUUUUUGCUUAUGUUUGCCAUGUUUGUUUUAUAUUAAAUAAAACUGACGGGAUAUGUAGUUUGCACUUGAUU